AUGUCAACUCCCAUAGUGCAGCCCCUCUCGCCCCAGAGGAUGUACGAAGUCCUCAUAGGAGAGGUCCUCUCCACCUCUCUCAGCACACUCGCUAUCACGCUCUUUAUUUCGCAAUCAACAUGGGGCGUGAUAGACUGGAGACCUAUCCUCAUUCUGUUCACUGCCGACUACAUCGGGUUCGGAUUUGACCAUUACCUCGACAACAGGCCCAUUCUCCUGAGAGCACGUGCGGCUGGGGAAGCAGACAUCGUCACCGUGUUCUGGCGCGCGCGUUUCGCGCUCACAUCCGCCGCCAUCUUGCUUGCCGUCGCCCUCAUCCUCAGCCCGCUUUCCACAUGGCUCAUCACGGCGACCCUCCUCGUUCCUGCGCUCUUGUGGGACACGCCGCUCUUCUACUGGGGCCAACCCGUGGUGCAGCUGUCCGAGAAGGCCAAAGGUGAGACCGAGGAGCCUCAAUCGGGCUUCGCCAUCAAGCGCAUCCCAGGGAUGAAGCCUGUCAUUGUGGGAUUGAUCCGUGGAUGCGGGUACUAUGCCGUGAUCCGCUCAGUGGUGGCCGCUUUAUACCCCAACGGGCCCGUCAUGCGUAGCUGGGACCCCAUCCAGCUCGUCAUCUGGUCCACGAUCAACUGGACGUGCAUCUCAGUGCGUAUCUCAGUCCGCUGCUUCGCGUUUCUGCCUCCCGCUCAUACCGACCCGGAAUUGUCACAGACGCUAGCCGACGUACGCGAUUUUGCUGACGACCGCGUGUCGGGCGUCCCGACGAUCCCUGUCCUGCUCGAGUCGGUGUACAAGACGCGCGUGCUGCUGACUAUUGUGCACGCGCUGACGAUGCUCACGUUCUUCAACAACCCCUACAUUGUGCUUAACACGCUGUACACGAUCGGGCUCGUCUGGAUUAUGGACGAUAAGAGCCCGAGAUUCAUUUACCGCCUCAAUACCCAUUCGCAAACGCCUGUAGCGGCCACAUACAGCCUUGUCCAUGCAUAUCGGUGGCUAAAUAGUAGUAAUACCAUUUAG